AUGAAGUCGCAAGAAAUGUUUUCAAUAACAGAGAUAAAUGAUGAAAUAAAAAGCAUUGAAAAUAAUGCUAAAAAUUGUGAAACACCAAUAAACUGUCUUAAUGGUAUUCAAAUAGAAAAAGAAAUAGUAAGCAUAAAUUCAGAAAUGAAAGAAAUCACAGAUUCAGAAAUAAAAGAUAUCAUAGAUCAGGAAGUAUUGGAAAAAGAAAAAGAAGUUAUAAAACAAAUAUUCCCGAUAAUGUCUUUAAAGAAAGAAACUUUAAAUGACGCACAAGAAAUUAUUGGUUCAUUGAUUUAUUACAAAUCACCAUUUAACUUUAGUGUGAGACAAUACAAUCCAAAUUUUGAACCUCUUAUGGACCACAUUAAAUCUAUUUUGAACUCUCGUAAUAUUUUGAAAAAAUGUGAACUUGUGGAAAAUAUGUAUGUUAUUUAUCAGAUUCAAUCAAAUUGUAUAUAUCGUGCUAAAAUAAUUGAAAUGGAUUCUAAAAUUGAAAAGAUUAAAUUGCAAUUGAUUGAUGAAGGAGAUAAAGUAGUCAAUGAAUAUGUUGACAAAAUCCUAUUGUACAAUUUUGUUGAAAGUGAUUGUAAUGUACCUGAACAAUUAGUAAUAGAUUGCUCAUUAAGUGACAUGUGGUUCCCUGUUAUAAAUAUUGAUAUUACAUUAAUGUUACAACCACACUUUAAAAUAGGUCAACUAUAUAAGGUACUAUUACUAAAAACUAAUGAGUCUGGUACUCAAGUAGUGCAGAUGUUUCAUAAAGAUACCAAUGUGGAUGUUUCGAAUACUAUACUUCAGUCUGGAAUUGGGCAACGUUUAAAUUCUGCUAUGAAAACCGAUGAAAAUCCAUAUGAAGAAAACCUAUUAAUAGGACAAAGUUUUGUCGCAUAUGUUUAUAACUAUCAUUUAAAACUCAGAAUUCAACCAGAACCAAAUACUGUCGAUGAACUGGAAGAAGAAAUAGUAAAACAUAUUAAUGAAAAUCCGGACUCUGAAUCAAUGGAUAUCAAUUGUUUAGAAAAUACAUAUUGUUUGGCAACUGUCGAUAACGAUCAAUGGUAUAGAGCUUAUAUUAAAAACAUAAAUGAAGAGUCCAUCAUAGUAAACAUGUUCGAUAUUGGUUUAUUGACUGAUGUUUUAUUAAAUCAGAUUCGACCAAUUACAACUAAUUUAAUGAGAAGACCUCAGCUCUGUUUGAAUUGUCAUUUGGAAAGUAAAGACUUAGAUAUUAAAAUUACUGAAAAAAUAUUGUAUAACAUAACAGUAAAAUCUAUCGAUCCUAAUGGAGUGUUAUGUAUAAAUAUAAAAGAACAUUAUUCUGCUCCACUUUCCUCUCCAAUUGUUCGGGGAAUUGAGAAAAUAUCAUUUUUACACGUUGAUGGUGAUUUGACUUACUUGCAGAGAUCUCAAGAUAUAUCUAAGGUUGAAAAAAUAUCUGAAAAUCUAUCAAAACUUUCUGGUAAAUUAGGAAGUAAAGCUUCCAUAGCACCGGGAGACAUAAACAUGUUUGAAAGCCAUGGUAAAUAUUAUAGAUGUGUAGUUAAAUCAAUUGAUUCCAAAAUAGCAGUUGUACAUUGCAUUGACUUUGGUUAUGAAAAGCUAAUAGAGAAGAAAAAGCUACAAUGUUUGGGGCUUAUUAAAAUAGCAUUGUUACCAGCACUUGUCAUCACUGUUAAAACAUUUCCAAUGGCAUUUAAUAUGUCUAGAACAAUGUUCCUAGCUAAUAUGCAUGUAGACAACGACGGAACGCUUAAUGCUUCACCAAACAAAAUGACAUUAGUACAGUCGCAAAACAAAUUAAUGGAAACCCUUGAAAAUGGUUGUUUAGUGAGAGUUACAUGUAUUAACUCUGACAGUGACUGUUGGAUUGUUCCACAUUUACUUAAUGAUAAGCUAAAGAUUAUUUCGGAUGUUCUUGUAAAAAUGCAAUCAAAAAUGAUACCAGCUGUAACUGAAAUUGGUUCCUUAUGUGCUGCAUUACAUUCAAUAACAAAAAAAUGGCACAGAGCUUUGAUAUUGGAUAUCGAUGGAAGUGCUAAAAAUGUUUUGUCAAUAGAUUCAGGUGAACAUUUCAAAGCAUUAAAAACCACUAAAUUGGUUAGUGAAAUUCAGAAAAUACCAAAUUGUGCCUUGCGGUGUCAAGUGGUAUCAAAUGUUGACAUUAAUACACUUUUAAACAAAGAUGUUGAAUGUAAGCUAAUAUCUUAUACUCAGUCGCUACUUGAGGUGAAAUUAUUUGAAAAUUACAUUAAUAACGAAUCAGAAAUUACUUCUACUGUGUCAACUAUGGAGUGGUGUAUUACCAUCAGUAGGUUUGAAUCAUAUGACGAGUUUUAUGUAAAUAAAGCCAAAGAUGAAUGUGGUUCAAAUAAUCAAAAUGUGGACAUACAAUUAAAUUAUAUUGCUAACAACUUAGAUGAUUUUCUACAGCCACCACCUAUCGGUACACUAGUGGCAGCAUUGACUGAUAAAAAUGAUGGUUUAUGGUAUAAGGCUGAAGUGUUGACGCCCAUUAAAACAAAUCUAGUUGUUCGCAUCUUUAGUGAUGGAAGUGUUUGUAAAGCAAUACGAAUAAAAGUUCUCCCGAGUAUCUUUUGUGAUGAAAAAUUGUAUUUUCGCUGUUGCCUGGAUCAAGAAAUUGUGGAUGCUAACAUUAGUGAUCCCUUAAAUUAUGAUGUUAUAUCAGAAAUGAUGAUGAAAUAUAAAUGGAAAAUGACAACAACAAGUAUCACUGAACCAUACAGAGUGACAUUGAUAAGUCAUCUUGAUGGUGUACAUUGUUUAGAUCUGGUGGAUACAAUUUUAACUAUAGAUCACCAUGACAUUUCUGAUAGCAGUAAAAUGUCAGAAAAUGGCCCCAUUUUGAGGAAUAUUGUACUUGACGAUCAUUCAAAAUCAAAUUUGGAAAAUCAGUUAAAUAAUAUUCCAGAGAAAAAAAAUAAUGAAAAUAAUUUGAUUAUACCUGAAGUAGAAAUUGUGGUUGUCAAGUAUAUUGAAACAUUCCAAUAUUUUUAUGUGGAAUCUGAGAGUUUGGCAAUGUUGUAUACGUCACGGAUCUCCGAAGACUUGGAUUUGAGCAUAAUUGAAUUACCUUUAAAUGGUUGUAUGGUUGGUUACAUUGUUGUUACACACAGUAUUCAUUUUAACUGUUGGUGUAGAGCCAAAAUAGAAAUAAUCACUGAUGGUAUCAGUGCUAAAUGUUAUCUAUUGGAUUUUGGUGAAUAUGAAGAAUGUACUGAAUUCUAUAAGCCUACAGAAUUCCUUUGCAUGUGCCCUCCACUGGUAAGACGCUGUUCGUUGUAUGCUCCAAAGUUAGCUGGCAAAGAAAAUGAAAUUUGGUUCCCUAAUGUUAAUGAAAUGUUUAAAGACAUUACAACAAUUGAUGGUAUUAAGUUUAAUAUGAUUAUAAAAACCCAGGGAGAUCCUUGUGUGGUCUCUUUGGAGCUAGACAAUUCUGACGUUGGUGAAAUGAUGUAUCCUCUAUAUGUUCAUUUGUUACAUGUUAAGUCUUUUAAUGAUUUCAAAAUCAAAGCAAUAUCCAGCGAUCAGGAAAGCAUGACCCAAAUGUUGGAAAAGUAUAUUAAUACAUCAAGUAUGGUGGAGGUACAAAACCCUAAAGUUAAUGAGUUGUAUCUUACUAAAAUCAAAUCGAAAUAUGUACGUGUGAAGCUUGAAUCAUAUAGCGGUUCUAAGUAUUUAAUCGUUGACAUAGAUGAUACGUUGAAUCUUAUAUCUGUAAUGAAUUUAUAUGAACUACCAGAAAAUAUACGCCAAAUUCCUAUGUUAUGCAUGUCCUGUUCCUUGAUUCUUGAUGAUAAAAAAGAAAAGUAUAGUUUGAGUAACUUCCAAAAGUUGGCAAACCCCAAUGUUACAUUCAUUAUGUGCAUCAUUACAGAGAAUGAUGGUACAACUCCAAAUCAAGUUAGACUUUAUCUUGAUAACAAAGACGUUCUUGAUUUUAUAAAAUUACAAUAA